UUUUAUCCAAUAUAAAUAUGACAUUAGACAUUAACACAAUCUUUUUUACGUCACAAUCUGAAGACACCGGCUGAUCUCAUUUGAAAAACACGUACAGUAUAUUGUAAUAGAAUAUAUCUGUUUAAUUUAUCAAUUUUAUCCAUAAAAUCGCGGAUUGGCAUAUACUAUAUGAUUUAAAUUUUUCAUAUACAGUAUAUUUCUUACGAUGAUUCUAUAACGAUUCAAUCUUACUUAAAUCAUACUGUUUUAAGUUGAAUAUCAAAGGAAAGACAUGAUUAUAUACGAGUAUAUUAGGUAAUUGCGGGAACAUUUAAUUCAUGUAUUGUUUUGUUGCAUGUUCAGUCUUUUUUAAAUAUUCUUGGUUGUGAUUUCUGAUUUUUAAUAAGAUUAUAUUAUUACUAGAUAUUUAUUAUACCAGUGAAAAGUGAAAUCCCAGAUAAUAUAAAUCAUAAUAAAGAGAAAUACUAGACUUAAAGUUUAUGUCGUGUCAUGUAAUACUAAUGUGGAUUCCACAUUUCUAUUUUAGAGAUACCGAACACAAUUAAAAUAUUAAGAAACAAACUACUGUAUAUAUUACUUGUCAAAAAAUGCAUUUGUUAUAUUUUAGUGAUAUCAUUUAUUUGUGUAAGUAAAUAGGAUCAAUACAAAAGAUAGACUUUUUAUUUUAUUUUUACUUUUUAUUUUUUCAGAGAAAAGCCAAACAAGCAAGCGCUAGAGAUCAAAGAUAUCAAACAAUAAUGAGAAACCUAGUUAGACGAUACAUCACCAAAGAGCAAAGGAAAGCUGACAACCAAGGAGUUACAGAAGAUGAUGUUAAUGAAAUCAAACAAGAUAUUUCUUCUUUUCGAUACGAAUUAAUUGAAAUACUAAAAAACAGCGGAUUUAACACUUCUUCGGCCAGCGAUCCUUCUCAAGGAACUGGGGGAAAGAAAAAUCGGCAAAAAGAAAGACGAUUGAUGAAAGGAUUUAAUAUCGGAUUAGUAGAAGGAUCUGUGCAGACUGCGACUGAAUCUAAUAUUCCAGUGGAAUUAGCCGAAAAUGUUCGAAAAUCUCCCAUUAGCCGAUUUGCAAAAAUUGCUAGAUUGGCAAGUGGGAAAAGGAAAGCCAAAAAGGAAAAAUGGGCAAAUCUUGUUGAUGCAACGAAACAAGUUCGAGACGCUUUCAACAGAAGUAGAAGUAUGGAUUCAAUCAGCAGUCAAAUUAGCUCAGAACAAGCCAGUACUAAAGGAGAAACUUCUCCUAGUGAUUCAAGUUUGAGUGGUGUUGGUUCGUUAGGAGAAGAAACGAGCGAAGAAGAGUCGCCGAAAAGAGUCGACCAAGCAACUAAUACAGAAACUCCAGCCUUAAAAUGGUCGCGAAUUACUAGGAAACUAGGAAUGCUUACAUUUCAUCCAACUAAAUUUAAAGUGGUGCUUCACGAAAAGAACGAUAACACGCUGGAACCGCCUCCAUCAAAAUUAAUUAGUAAAAAAUCUAAAGCUAGAAGAACAGUUAGUGCGCCAUCGGCAUCUCUCCAUCCUCCUCAAAACAGUUUUAAUGCUCAGCAAAGAACUAAUAGAACUACAUCAACAUCUUUUAACUCGGUGAUUCCCGAAACGAAACGAUUGCCAACAAUCGAAUAUUCGCCGAGAAAUUCUUUAGCGCCAGAGAUGCCCAGUCCAGUUGAAAAUGCUCCAUGUUCAUCUCCACCACGAACACCUGUUUCAUGUUCCUCAUUUCCAGAUACUGGAAGAUUAGAAUCAUCCAAAGCAGAAUCGGACAUUAUCAAAAAUUCUGGAAUGCCCGCGUCGGAAGUAACAUCGUUGAAUCAAAGUUCUUCGUUGGAACCUUUAGUGAAUGGUAACGGAAAGUCUAAAGAGCGCUCUUUAGGCUUGAUAUCGACUUUAUAUGGUAUCGAACCAGUGAACAAAGAUAUGACAAUGGGUUGGUUAUAGAUUUAAUUAGGUGAAACAGUUUUUCUCGUAUCUUGGCACAGAAGUUAUUGCUGAUCAGAGCAAAUGGUCACCAAAAAUAUCAGAGAUCAGAGUGGAUAUUGUUUCACUAACAUCGACACAUAUAAGUGACCAUCCUUCUUGUGCCAAAAAUGCAGAAGUAGACUCUAACAAUCUAGUUUUCUACCUCUGACGAAGAAUCCAGUUCAAACAGAACAAAUUCUGCUCUACACUUCCAGAAAAUAAUGUUAAUGCAAAUACGAGCCGACCUUGUAACUACUGGUAGAAAAGUACAACGACUGUUGCUAGAUAUUUUCUAUAUAAAAAUUCAUUCUAUGUUCAUUCUAGGUACUCAGUUUAAAAUUCUCCCGAAUUUGCUAGCGCUGCUUUAGAUACUUGUUUUAAUAUACUCGUAACUGCGAAACGAGGAAACAUCUAACGAUAAUAAUUUAUUAGGGACUAAGAUAUUUGUAUCGAAAUUUCUCCACGAUUAAAUCAGCCAUUAAUUUCAAUUCAUUCCAUAUCAUCAACAAUUUUUAAUAAAAUAAUAAUUUAUUCAUUUGAAUUAUGGAAUAAAUAGGAUAUUCAAUUGAAGAAAGAUUCAUCUUUCUUACUCUGUAACUCAUAAUUCAGGGAAAUGAAGAAUUAACUUUCUAUUAUAGCUUUAUGAAUGUUGAAGUUUGCUUUUAAAAAUUUUUUUCCACAAAAAUUAUUCAUUCCUUCUGCGAAAAAUUACGGAUCAUGAGAUUUUUGUACUCGCUACGUAGAUUUAUAAAACGAAGAAAACAAAUCUAGAACUAAUAGAAAAGUACAAAUAGAUAUAUUCUGCACAAAAUUAGUCUUUCUGCAGAGCAGAAGUUACCAAUGCACAAUAAUUAAUAUAAUAGGCCCACCCUUAUAUUGUUUAUUUGAUGUAAACAUUUUCGUUAAGUGCCAAAAUUGUUUUAAAGAAACUUUCAUAAACCGAAAAUCAUUAAACGAUCCCGAUUUCGAACUCGAUCGCUAUUCAGUCAGUUUGAACAAGGAUUUUCCUUUGUAAAUAUAUGCUAUAUGAAAAUAAAAAUUAUUAUUGAUUUCUGUCAUUAUUUUAUUGUCAUUACAAACAAGCGCACAAAUGUUGGGACUAUUUUCCGGGUUUGAGCCCUCUCCUUAAUUUAAGAAAUAGAAAACACAGCUUGGAAAAUUUAUGUUUACUUAUAAACUGGUUAUCAGUACGUCAUUUUCUCCAGCCAAGUUAAUCGGAAAUAAUAAUGACAAUUUCUUAGAAU